UAAGAGCGAAGACGGCAGCCGAUUAUUCCAUUGACAUGAUGAAUGGUCUGCAAAAACUUCUGCUUUUUUUUGUUCUAACAUUUGAACAAAAUGCACUUGGAAGUCAAAUCAUCAUGGGGCAAAAGGUGGAGGACAACGACAUGCUGUACAUGGUGUCAGUGCAGAAUCAUCUCGGUCAUGUAUGUGGAGGUUUCCUGAUCAGUGACCAGUUUGUGCUGACCGCCGCACACUGUGACAGCGUGAAACCGACCAGUGUUGUUGUUGGCACCCACAAUCUGAAGGUGGUUGACGAUGAAAUGAGAUACGGGAUAAAGACAUGCAUACCCCCGUCUUUUGUUAAUGUACUGAAAUGGAAUGACAUUAUGCUUCUCAAAUUGUCUGAGAAAGUUCAACUGGGUGAAAAAAUCCAAACAGUCCCACUUCCAAAGUAUGAGAUCAAGAUGAAGGACAAGAAAGAAUGCAGGGUGGCUGGAUGGGGACUCAAUAGAACUCUUGAUGUAGUUUUUGAUCUGCAAGUGGUGGAUGUUCCCAUCAUUAAUCCAAAGGUCUGUAAGAAGGCUUGGAAAAGCCUUUCAAAGUUCUUCCCUGAUAACAUCCUGUGUGCAGGAGGGUAUGGUACAGAGAAAGGCACCUGUCUGGGUGAUUUUGGUGGACCACUGGUAUGCGAUGGGAUGGCGGUUGGCAUCAUGUCGUUGAAGAGAUUUGGAAUCUGUAACUACCCAGAUCUCCCCAACGUCUACACAGACGUCUCAAAAUUCCUUCCCUGGAUCAAUAAAAUUCUCAAACAAAACGGUUGUUAAAUAAAAGUAAACAAAGGUUUUGCUUCAGCAUAUUUUUUAUUAUUCAUUGCUGCUUCUUUUUCAUUUUCUUACUUAACCAAGUUGCAAAAUAAAGCAUUAAAAA